AUGAAGUUAAAUGUAAGUGAAACCGUAACGGACGAUCUGCUCAAGGAUUUUUUCCCGGAUUUGCCAUCAGGCCCCUUGGAUGUUUACAGAAAGAAAGCAACAUUCGAUUGGCGUCGUAUGAAGCUAGUUUAUGACAAUUUGGCCACAUUAAAAUUGAAAAAUGACGUUUGGAACUUUAUGCGGGAACACCCACUGUUCCGGCACACGGAGGCAACGCUGUCCCUCGAUGAACAGCGCCACAUCACCACUAAGCGGAUGUACGCAAUAUAUAGCCAGAACUUCGUACCUCUUGAGAAGUUAGGAGUCGAACCGAGUAUAUUCCAAGCGGAAGCCGAGGCGCUGUUCAUGUUUGACAGUUCCUUGGCCGUCAAAAUAUCGCUGACUUUCCGAAUGUUCUCAAACGUUAUACAAGGGAGCGGGCAAGGGCAUCACUAUCAUUAUAUAGAGGACGCGCAGAUGGGAAAGAUUGGGGGCUGCUUCGCUUUAACCGAGGUCGCCCACGGGUCCAAUGCUAAAGGAAUGAGGACAACUGCUACUUACUGCCCCGAGAAAAAGCAAUUCAUCUUGCACACCCCUGAUUUUGAAGCAGCCAAGUUCUGGAUUGGGUCUUUGGGUAAGUGCGCGACACACGCUAUCGUCUACGCUAUGCUGAUAUCCAAGGGUGUGAAUCAUGGACUACAUACGUUCGUAGUUCCCAUCAGGGAUCCGAAGACCCUGAAACCGUAUGCGGGGGUUAUUGUUGGCGAUAUUGGAGAGAAGAUCGGACUUAAUGGGGUCGACAACGGAUUUGUAAUGUUCAAUAACUACCACUUGCCUAAAGAAGCAGCUCUAGACAAACUGGGAGGUGUCGACGAUAAGGGCGACUAUAAAACGCCAUUCCGGGACCCUAGUAAACGUUUUGGUGCUUCUUUGGGAAUUCUCUCAGGCGGCAGGGUUCAUAUCACUUCAAUAUCAACCAACUACUUGCAGAAGGCUAUCGUAAUAGCGAUUAGAUACUCAGCGGUCAGAAGGCAAUUUGGUCCUGAAAACUCCACCGAGGAGCUACCGGUACUGGAGUACCAGCAGCAACAAAUUCGCCUAAUUCCCUACCUGGCAGCGACGUACGCUAUGAGGAUAUUCUGCAAUUGGUUCGGAGCCGAACAUGUCAAAAUGGCAAUUGACAACAUCACUGGUCAAAACAACAAUGCAGCGGGUCGCGGUAUAGAGAUGCAUGCGCUUUCUUGUGCUACGAAACCCGUAUGUGGCUGGACUGCACGGGACGGAAUACAGAACUGCAGGGAGGCUUGCGGGGGACACGGAUACCUGAAAGCGUCAGCCAUAGGUGAUCUUCGCAACGACAAUGACGCAAACUGCACGUACGAGGGUGAGAACAGUCUGUUGCUGCAGCAGAGCAGCAACUGGUUGCUCAACGUGUGGCCCAGGAGGAACAACCUCACGCCAGAGGACACACCCUUCGGAUCCCUGAAGUUCUUGGACGGAGUGGACGCCUUGUUGACUGAGAAAUGCCGGUGGAACACCAUUGAAGAUAUGAUGGACCCUUCGAAUAUAAUUCAUAUUUAUAAAUGGCUCACUGCAUACACACUGAAGACAACUUACGAAAAAGUUAACAAGUUAAAGAAUGAGGGCAGAGAUAAUUUCCAGGCCAAAAACGAGUCGCAAUCCUACCACGCAGUCACGUUAUCCGUUGUCUAUGGAGAGAACUUCAUCCUGAAUCACUUCUACAAUACGGCGAAAGACUUCCACGACGUGGAAUGUAGAAGAGUUCUAUUGGAAUUGGUUGCGUUGUAUGGCGCUUUCAUGUUGGAGAAACACAUGGCAACACUGUACAUAGGCGGGUAUUUGUCCGGCGCGCAGGGCGCAGCGCUGCGGGAGGCCGUGCUGCGGCGCUGCGCCGGCGCGGCGCGCUGCGCGGUGGCGCUCGCCGACACGCUGGCGCCGCCCGACUUCUGCCUCAACUCGCUGCUGGGAGCGGCUGACGGAGAGGUGUAUAAGCACAUACAGAACAACGUGAUGACAUAUCCCGGUGCUAUGUCACGACCUGAGUGGUGGAGGGACGUCGUCUUUUGGCAGACCUACGCGCGUUCUAAACUAUAA